AAAGUAGUAGUAGUAGGUAAAAUAAAAUAAAGGGCGAGAGAGAGGUGAGCACAUAUUGCCUGUAAAUACAAUAGAAUUUAGAAACGAGAAAAUGAAAUGAGAUGAAUUAAGUAAGUAUAACCCGAAGAAAGAGGGGGUCUCGCUAAUCGCUAAAGCCUUUUAGGUUUCAGUCUCUGUUUUGUUUUGCAGUUCAUCUUCUUCUUCGUCUUCGUCGUCGUCUUCGUCUUCAUCUGAUUGCCCACAUGACAUCACAGCCAAAGAAGGAAGAAUACUAAAUAAAUAAAUACCUUCAUUUUUUGUCUGAUGCUUCCGGUUACUAGGAUCUGCUCAAUUCAGCUCUCUCUCUCUGUGACUGUCUGUCUGUCUCUCAUUUAAAAAAGCUACAAGCAUAAGAGAGAAUUAGGUAGAUAUAGAGAUAGAUAUGCAGAAGAGUGGGAGCCUUCCCAGAAAUACUAGUACUAGUAAUAGUAUUAAUACCACUUCACCUUUGAGAGUGAUCACGCCCCAGCGCCGCUUGGGUUUGUGUUCACAAAUUGCCACAGGGGGCCAGCACUCCUCCCCUAUUGUUUUCCCUGAGAAACGUAGACAAUCACGCCGCACCACCACCACCGCCGCCGCCACCAUCACCAACAACCUCUCUGGUGUCCCCACCCCUGCUGAUGACCCUGUCAAACCCAAGACCUUCGAGCACAGGAUUGACAUUGGACUAGGGGGGGCGGCAGCUGCAGCUGCAGCUGCAGGAGGAGAUGAAAAGUCUGAUUUGUUGGGAUAUGUGGUCUUCUCCGGAAAGCUGGUUUGGGAUAAGAGAAAGACCUCCAAUAACAAUGCUACUGAUGUGCAGCAAACCUCUAAUACUGAUGUUACCGGCCAAGUAGCCGUUGAUGCUAAACUUACCAGCAGGGCUUUAGUUUGGGGUUCUCACCUGCUGGCUCUUGAUGAUGUCAUCUCUGUUUCCUAUAAUAAUGGUCUCAGACAUUUUACAGUACAUUCUUAUCCAUUAAAAAAGAGUUCAUGUGGUCUCUCUUGUUUUAUCAAACCUCGAAGAAGUCGCAAGGAUUUUCGUUUCUUGGCUUCUACCAUAGAAGAAGCUGUUCAAUGGGUUGGUGGGUUUGCGGAUCAGCAGUGUUUUGUUAAUUGUUUGCCUCACCCUUUGGUUUCUUCAAAGAAGCAGGCUUCUUCAGAAUUACUUCCAACUGAUACUCCUCCCGAAUUACUGUUCAAAUGUAAGAAUCCCCCGAAAAUGCUUGUUAUAUUAAACCCACGGUCAGGACGUGGUCGUUCAAGUAAAGUUUUCCAUGGCAUUGUGGAGCCAAUAUUUAAGCUUGCAGGCUUUAAAUUGGAGGUCGUAAACACAACAUCUGCUGGUCAUGCUAGAAAACUUGCAUCCAGUGUUGACAUCAGCACUUGUCCUGAUGGAAUCAUAUGUGUUGGAGGUGAUGGAAUUAUUAAUGAGGUUCUAAAUGGUCUACUUACUCGGGACAACCAGAAAGAGGGAAUUUCUAUACCAAUUGGAAUUAUACCUGCUGGUUCCGAUAAUUCAUUAGUUUGGACUGUUCUUGGAGUCAGAGAUCCUGUUUCUGCUGCAAUGGCUAUAGUGAAGGGAGGCCUUACUGCUACAGACGUUUUUGCGGUUGAGUGGAUUCAGACUGGUGUUAUUCACUUUGGGAUGACAGUCUCAUAUUUUGGUUUUGUUAGUGAUGUGUUGGAACUUUCUGAGAAAUAUCAGAAGCGCUUUGGUCCUCUGCGUUAUCUUGUUGCUGGAUUUCUCAAGUUCUUAUGCUUGCCAAAGUACAACUAUGAAGUGGAAUAUCUUCCAGCAUCAAAAGAGGAUCAAGAGGGAAAGUUUGCAGCUGAUCGGGGGGUAGUUGACAUGUCAGAACUUUACACAGACAUUAUGAGGAGAUCAAGCAAAGACAGCAUUCCUAGAGCCUCUAGUCUAUCUAGUAUUGACUCAAUAAUGACCCCUAGUCGAAUGUCUGGAGGAGAUUUGGAUACAACCUGUAGUAGUACCCAUGCUAGCACUGAACCAUCUGACUAUGUGCGUGGCCUAGAUCCAAAAGCGAAACGCCUAUCAUCUGGAAGGGGCAAUGUAACAGCAGAGCCAGAGGUUAUUCAUCCUCAGCCACCUCUGUCAACAACUCCAAACUGGCCAAGGACCAGGUCAAAGUCAAGGACUGAUAAAGGAUGGACCGGCACAAAUGAUGCCUCUAGAUGCUCUUGGGCUAAUGCCACAACAAAUGAUAAGGAGGAUAUUUCAUCAACGCUGUCUGAUCCAGGUCCAAUAUGGGACACUGAACCAAAGUGGGAUAGUGAACCUAAUUGGGAUGUAGAGAAUCCAAUUCAAUUGCCUGGGCCAUCGGAUGAUGUGGAAACAGGAAUGAAAAGGGAAGUCACCCCUCAUUUUGAAGAGAAUUGGGUUGUUAUGAAAGGACAAUUUCUUGGCAUUCUGGUUUGCAACCAUGCUUGCAGAACUGUUCAGAAUUCUCAGGUGGUGGCACCAAAAUCUGAGCAUGAUGACAACACCAUGGAUAUGCUCUUGGUUCAUGGAAGUGGCCGGCUGAGGCUGUUGAGAUUUUUCGUACUGUUGCAGAUGGGUCGACACCUUUCACUGCCGUAUGUUGAAUAUGUAAAGGUAAAGUCAGUGAAGAUUAAGCCUGGAAAGCACACACACAAUGGGUGUGGCAUUGAUGGUGAGCUCUUUCGACGCAAUGGGCAAGUAAUUUCUUCUUUGCUUCCAGAACAGUGCAGACUUAUUGGUCGCUCUGCUAGUCAUGUAUAAUAAUCUUGUUUCCUUUUUUGUAUUCUUUGAUGGCUCUAGGGACAUUAUUGCUUUGUUAAUUGUGGUUGUGGAGUAUAGAGAACACCCUUAUAGCAAAACUAGAAUACCUUGUGCUGUAAUUUCUUUUUCAGCCCUCACCAUUGCACCAUUGAACAGCUGAGGUCCAUGUAAAUUUUUUCGCCCAUUUGUUUCUUUCCUUCUUUCUCCUAUAAUGUAUCUUUGCUCUGCUGCCAUGUGGGAGUAGCUCAACGUGUUGCCAAUUCUUGUAAUUCUUCCCCUGCCCCCUCCCUUGUGAUCGUCUUGAGAUUGCUCCAGAGAUACUUGUUUUGUAAAGCAUUUGGUUAUUGAUUAGCCAUUUCUUUAAAUCUUUCUCCUUUUGAUGUCUU